GACAGAAUACAGCUGCACUCAGCACACACACACACAAAAAGAAAAUCAAAUUAAAAAAAAUAUAUCUAUCUUCUAUCUCCGCAUUUUCUUAGUUUUAUGUAAAUAACUGGAAUUUAGAUUAGUAGAGUGCCUCAUUCAUUGUAAAAAUGAUUAAGUUAUUUUCGUUAAAGCAACAGAAAAAAGACGGAGAAUCGACGCCACGAACUGGAAAUCAAAAGAAAGCUUCUGCAGCCCAGUUGAGGAUAACUAAAGAUAUCAAUGAACUGAACUUGCCCAAGACCUGUAACACAGAAUUUCCAGACCCUGACGAUUUGUUGACUUUCAAGUUGGUGAUUUGCCCUGAUGAGGGUUUCUAUAAAAACGGUAGGUUCGUGUUUAGCUUCAAAGUAGGUCCAAGUUAUCCUCACGAACCUCCAAAAGUAAAAUGCGAAACUCAAGUUUACCAUCCGAAUAUCGACCAACAAGGCAAUGUUUGUCUCAACAUAUUAAGAGAAGAUUGGAAACCUGUGUUGACCAUAAACAGUGUCGUUUACGGUCUGCAAUAUUUGUUCUUGGAACCCAACCCGGACGAUCCUCUAAACAAAGAGGCUGCUGAAGUUCUGACUAGCAAUAGACGAGUAUUCGAGCAAAAUGUUCAAAAGGCGAUUCGAGGCGGCUAUGUUGGGGGCAUCUACUUUGACCGAUGCCUUAAGUGAUCAGAUUUUUUGGAAAUGCUUAAAAAUAUGUUUAUAAUAAAUAUAAGGCAGACAAAUCUUUAAUUUUAAUGUUCAUAUUUUGGAAUUCCUUAAUAAUGGUAUUCAUUAAAACAAAAAAAGAAACAGUGAAGCAGGGUCUUAUAAACUUUUCAUCAUGAAUUAUUUUAUUUUUCAAAUUUCAAGAAUAAACUUUAUGGGUGAGACUUGUUUUGAAUACAUAGGUAAUUAGUUGAAAAUUGACUUAGAGUGAGAAUAAUUGUGUUGGUUUAGGGCCUCUCUUCAUUCUGGUUAUGAACAUUUCAAUUUUUGAGAUUCAUAAUCAUUUAGCUUUUCAUAUUAUUUUUGUGUGCAUGUAACCAUCUUGAAUAAGUUUAUAUUUUUGUUAAUUACAAUUAUUUAUUAUUUUAUUGAUCAUACCACAUAUAGGUUUAAUUUUUUAAUUAAAGGUUUAAAGAUACCCUGUAUUUUUUUAAACCUUGCCCUUGCCAUUAGAUUUUUGGUUUAUUUUUCACUGCUCCAAGCAAAUAAAUCUACUGAAUAAAGUCCAACAGAAACUCAAAGAUACUAACUACUAAUUUAUUUAAAAUGAACUCCAUCUAUUUCUGGAAAGGAUAAUAAUCCAAUCCAGUAUUAGAUUGGAAUUUGGGUUUAUCAUGUUUCUUGGCAUCUGCAAUCAUAUCUUGCACGUCUUUUCUGUAAGGAGGAGGUAAAAUUUCUUCCUGCAAAGUACACUCAAAUGGUUCAGGUUCUCUUUUUUUGUAAAUUCUUCGUCUUAUUACGUCUACGUCACGUGCGUAUUCGUCCAACAAGUCCGCUAAGCUACUCGGGGGCACAUUGAAU